AGCGAAACAAUCACACCAUAAGAAGAACUAGAAAAUACAUUUGAGAGAAGUGCCAACAGCACACACUUUGCUGCCACGUCUCGAUGAAGGAACACACCGUUGUGUGAAUGGUUGACUUCCGGUAACAAGUAUUUAAGAAAAUGGCGGCCAAAACAAAUCGAUCUGUCACCGAGUGUUUACAGUAGUCUUGUUAACACUGAAGACUUGUCAACAUGAAUUUAUCAUUAAUAUACUUACAUUAGCAUUAACACGAUUAAUACGAAUAUCUGAACAAUGGCUGCGAAAGUCUAUCAAUCGGAUCAAGAGCUAGAAACAAGGGUCAAAAAAGCGACCGAACGAAUUUCUGAGAACAUGCACAUAGUUGCAAAUGAACCGUCUCUUGCAUUCUAUAGACUUCAAGAACACGUGAGAAAAGCGUUACCUCCAAUGGUGGAGAAGCGUGUAGAAGUAUUGGCUCUCCAACAACAACUUUUAGGUAGAUGCUAUGAUGUGGAAUAUGCUGUUAGUGCUGUUAAAACAAUGCACGGUGCUGGAAAAAGCUUUGAAAAUACCUUGGAAUUCAUCAAAAGUGCAAUAUUCUUCAAGCAACAAUUAAAGUAUGAAGAACAGCGUAGGCAUAAGAAGGAUAGUAAUAGAGAUUCUGUGUAUAAAAGAUUGUCUGCACAUAUUCCUACCUUAGAUCAUCUACCGGAUGAAAUAUCCGAUGUUGUAAGAGAAACCGCUAAUAGAGUAGAAUCUAUGAUGAAUCAUGCAAGACAUUCCAGUGAUACACAAAAAUCAAACUGAAAUGAAAAGAACAAGUGGGUAUUUUAAGUUAUUACGAUAUCAUUUCAAAUUUAAGAACAAAAAAUGGAUAUAUAUAUAAGUAAUUCGAAUAAUAGAUUGUAAUUGAAUGUGAAUCUUGAAUAACAAUUUAUGAUACAUUUCUAAUUUUCUGAGAUAACUCUGUUUAAAGUUAUACCUGUUUGUACUGUAUUUAAUAGCUCAUCCUGACAGUUUCCAGCAAAAUAGACCCUUAUUCCAUUAAAACAGUCAUCAAAACAGCUGGGGAUCACAGCGAAAUAUUUGAUUUGAAUAUUUCUUAUAAUUAAAUAAAAUAAUUAAGUACAACGAUAAAUAAGAUUUCUUUAUGAAAAAUAUAUGUAUUUUAAUUAUUAUACAAUAUAAAGUGAAUGAAGGAAAAAGAUAUGUGACAUGAAAUAGCUAUAUGCAAAGUAGAGGAAUUGUAACAAAGUGGAAAUUUCUUGCCUGUAACAUUGAAAUAAAGAUAUGAAAGAUACAUAAGAAUGAA